CUCAAAUCACGAUUCAUAUAUAAAUUAUUUGUGAAAAGUGCACGCAUGACAGUAUCAAUCUUACAAACUUCUUUUUCCUGGAAAUUUUUGGAUUCAUGAUUUGUAUUUAUACUUUCAAGAGGAUUUAUAAUAUCUUGAAAUUGGAUGUAAGAAACAAGUCCAAAAAUAGUUGCACUUUUUAUUUGAAGAGACAAGCCUCAAAUUGAGCCUGUGAUCGGAAGAUCAAUUUAACUCUACUCAAUUAAUAAACGCGUGGAUACCCCCAGACCCACGUGAAAAGACGUACACACACCUGACGUGUUAGUAACCACUAUCUCUGUCAGGCGAAGGUGACUAUAUUACUAAGAAUUAUGGAUAUGUCACAUUCUCCUUCAAUGUCGGAGCCCACCCGUUGGAUGCUGGUGAACGGACAACCUCACGACACGCACGCGCCCCACGCACCCAGUGGGCCUUCAGUCGAUAGAAUGCAUGUACCUUCGGGCUUAAAUUUCGUAGAGCCUUCAUCGCAAAUUUUGCAGACCGAAGAAGUAGACGUCUUCUUUCCGACGUUUGAUGGAUCAGGAAACCAUAUGAACCACGCAGGCUACUAUACCAACUCUGCAGCCAGGGCAAUGCACAGCUAUAGAUCAUCGUCAAUGCGUGUUUCAGGAAGCCAAGUCUGCAGGCCUCCACAUUUUCACGCUGCACCAAUUCAGUGGUUAGAAAGCAGCAAGUCACUGCACUCAGUACAGAGCUCGGCUCACAGUGCAUGGUGUUCAAGUCCAUUCAGUAAACCAGCACAUCACCCAAGACCUGCAUGCUCCUACCAGCCAUCUACCAUUUCGUCUAGCAACCACUCAAGCGGUCAUCAUCCAUUCAACUUUCCACCAACACCACCAAAAGAAAAUACCCCCGACCCCCUUGUCGGCACAACGGCAGUGACGACCCCAACUUCUGAUUAUAAUUCAUCGUCUGACGAGAAGUUGGUGUGCUCAAAGUCGAUCACUGGAAACUCUGCGAUGAAUAUGUCCAUAUCAGGCGCGGAAAGUCCCUACAGCCAGGCUCAUCCUUUGGCAUCUUACCCCUCGUGCCCUACGUACGUCCCUACCACGGACUUCGCCUGUAGUGGAACUACCCUAGGAUUUCAUCCUAGCGUAUUCUCAAACAGGGCUAGUUUGACUACUUCCACAAGACCACGUACAAAGAGCCGUUCAAGCUCAGGUAAGUCAUACGGAAUUUUGCAAUACAAUAGUAUAAAUAAAACGCUUAAUAUUUUUUGGAAGAAUUGGAUUAGGCUAUCUGUUCGUAUCUGUUAUGAAUUCAUAGUGAAAAUUUCUGCUGCCAAAAGGGCGGGAACAUCUUGCGCUAACUGCCAAGCUACCACUACAACUCUGUGGAGGAGGAACCCGAAUGGAGAUCCUGUAUGUAAUGCCUGUGGUCUUUACUACAAACUUCAUGGGGUCAACCGUCCAUUAACAAUGAAGAAAGACGGAAUUCAAACAAGAAAUAGGAAACUUUCAUCCAAGUCCAAGAAAAGCAAAAAUAAAAUUCCAGAUGAACUUAAAUUUCCGAGUUUCAUAGAUCAACCAAACCACUAUGCAUCAGCAAUGCACCACGUUCCAGACUACGGUAUGGGAGGGACCACUGGUCCUAUUCACCACCAUACACAUCCAUCAAUGGCCUACUCCUCACCAUCUUUGUGCAACAGUCUAUACCAAUCACCGCCCAGUCACCACAUGCCGGUCCCAAGCAGCUUAUCAUUGUCAUCGAACACGAAUAUGGUCGGAGCGAUGGCCUAAAAAGACGGAAAAUGAAGCUAAUAAAAUAGUGACAUUUUAAGCUGAAUGCCUAUACAUUCGAUCAACAAAUAUAAGGAAGUUCGUUCCUUUAAGGUGCUAGGUUAAAACAGAAAAAAGGAAAUCGACAAUAAUUGAUCAAGGAAUUGUUAUUUUUUGUUUUGAUCAAACUUAAAUAAUAAUGAUCGGAAACGAACAAACUUUAAAAUGAAAGUUUUUAGCGAAAGACUCUAAAAUGUUGUUUUCAACAUUAUUUAUCAGGGCCGGUAAUAAGCCGUUUUUAUGAAGGGAUUGAGAAUGAGCAAGUCGUAGCUUUAACGUGUAUAUAGCGUACAAAUUUUGCAUAUUCGGAGCAGUUUGCUUUGAGAAAAAUUAAUAUUUGUAUGAUUUUGUAUGAAACCAGAGCGUAGAAUAUUUGGAAGUCUCGUUAAAUUUUAUAAUUAUAGAUUUGUACCUGUCAUUUUGGGAAAGUUUCAUAAUUGAUGUGAACUGUAAUUUUUAUCAGUAUUUCUGUAGAUUUUCAAUAAUCAAUAUUCAAUUGCCUUUUUUAUUUUAGACAAUUAAAUGAAACAAAAUAAUGUUAAAAAAAAGGUGACUGUAUUAUAAAAAGGAAUGCAAUUAAAAGCUGGACUUUGAUUUGUGGAU